UUUCUUCUUAUAUCUUUGAGUGUUAGUUUUAAAGAUCCUAAACCAUAUCAGGAACUGCAUUUAUUCUCAUCGAACUCUCUUCUUGUUGACAUCAAAACUUGACACCAAAGAAACCCUUUUCAUUUUUCUCUACUUAACCAAACCCCACAUGAAAUUUCAGCUCCAUUGUUGUCGAAUGUGGGAGGAACUCAAAGAACAAGACACAUGACAGAGUUUGUGGAUAAAUAUGUUACCAACUCCAGUUCUUCUUGUCCUUCUUGCGGCCAUCAUCAAAUCAAAUCCCCAGAAAAGUGUGGAGCUGGAAUUCAUAUACUACCUGGUCUGCCUGCUGGUGUGAAAUUUGACCCUACGGAUCAAGAGAUUCUCUUACAUUUGGAGGGAAAAGUUGGGUGUGAUGCUCACAAGCUUCAUCCUUUGAUCGAUGAAUUCAUUCCCACCAUUCAAUGGGAGCAUGGGAUUUGCUAUACACAUCCCCAGAAAUUGCCAGGAGUAAGAAAAGAUGGUCUGGUCCGGCACUUCUUCCACAGGCCAUCCAAGGCGUACACAACAGGAACAAGGAAAAGAAGGAAAGUCCACGCCGACAACACCGAGGGCGAGGGCGAAACACGGUGGCACAAAACGGGCAAGACGAGGCCGGUUCUCGUGGGCGGGAGAGUAAAGGGUUACAAGAAGAUCCUAGUGCUGUACACCAAUUAUGGGAAGCAAAAGAAGCCGGAGAAGACAAACUGGAUAAUGCAUCAAUACCAUUUGGGAGGCAGUGAGGAAGAGAAAGAUGGAGAACUCGUGGUCUCAAAAGUGUUCUACCAAACUCAGCCAAGGCAAUGUGGAAACUCAGUGAAAAAGGAUCAUAAUAGGCAUCAAGAUUCUAGUUCGUGUAAUAAUAAUCCUAACCCACUUGUUGAUUUCUAUAACCCUUCUUUUGUAUAUUUUGAGUCAAGUGAUCAAAAUAGAUCGGCAAGCAAUUCCCAUAUGAUUCCCCAGUUUGCAGUUCAUGAUGGGUCGUCUGCUGUUUCAUGAUUGCUGUUAAUUAUUGUUCUUGUUUGUAUGAAUAAAUUUGGAGAAAGGUAACUGAGAAAUACUGAUGAAUAAAUUUGGAAGUGUAUUUAAGAGGUGUUCUUGA